AUGCUAAGCUUAUUCAACAAAUAUCUUGCUCGGAUGAGGCUUGAUAGUCCAAUAUUUGGAAAUAAAAACAUUUUUAUGCUGAUCCUCGACUACCUUGAAGGCGAAGAUCUUUACCAUUGCCAAUGUGUCUGCUUCGCAUGAAAGGAGACUAUAAUAUCAAACCCAAUUCUUGAGGUGCGUCUCUUAAGAUUUACAAUGUCCAAAAGCAACGCUGCUAUAGAAAAUUUACGCAGACAAGUCAUAGAACAGCCAAAAUCUCGAAACGACAAUAAUUUCAAUUUUUCCUCAGACAGGUUUUCUAUGAUUCCAAAAUUUUUACCAAAACCCAAUGUUUCAGCAAAGAAUAUUCCAAAAGAAAAGACCCUAAAAAAUGAUGAAAAACUUAAUGAAUGGAAUGAUUUUAUUAAUUAUUUUUAUGUCUAUGCAAAAGAUAAAGGAUUUCUUAUUAAGAAAAAGAGGGAUUUUAAGCGGGAAGAUGAUUUUAGAGAGUAUGAAAAGCAAUUCAGUGAAGUAUACAAAGAGUAUGCAAAUCACGUGAAUGAAGCUAGAAGAAGAGAAAAGUUAGAAAUGAAAAAAAUGCCUAUAAAAAACGAGUGCAGGUUCAAAUUAUUUAAACAAAACUCGCUAAAAGAUAUCAUUUCAUCAAAAUACAGAGAUAUUAUGUUUGGCUUAGGAACGAGCUUUCAUAUCAUGACUGAUUUUAAGUACUUCCAUGUUCCGUCAUCAAAACCUGCAGAAAUGCCAAAAUUAAAGAAAGUUGAGAUUGGCAUGGAACAUGUUCUUUAA